AUGUCGGCUGUGCUUGCCGUUCUGUGCGCGCUUUUGGCCCCGGUAGCAGCGGAUCCAUACGCGGUGAACUGCAGCCAGGUGAAAGACGCGUUUACCGACCUGGGUUACAGUCCUGCAAAUGUUCCCACCGAGGAAACAGCAGGAGACGAUCUGCGGGUUUGCGCUCCUCAGAGAACCUGCUGUAACGCAGAAAUGGAGGAGAACUUCAGCCAGAGAAGCUCACGGGACUUUGAGAAGCUCAUGGACGACACGAGCGAAGAGCUGAGGGACGCGUUUAUGACCGGACAUAAAAGGUUUGAUGAGUUCUUCUUGGAGUUGCUGGAGAACACCGAACGCUCUCUGAACGAGAUGUUUCUGCGCACGUACGGGAAGCCCUACUUGCAGAACGCCGAGGUCUUCCAGGGCCUGUUCGCCGAGCUGAAGCGAUACUACACAGGCGGCAACGUCAAUCUGGAGGAGAUGCUGAACGAUUUCUGGAUGCGUCUGCUGGAGCGCAUGUUCCAGCUCCUGAAUUCCCAGUACCUCAUCACCGAAGACUAUCUGGAAUGCAUCGGCAAGUACAUGGAGCAGCUUAAGCCCUUUGGAGACGUUCCCAAGAAGCUGAAGUCUCAGGUUACACGAGCGUUCAUCGCCGCCCGCACCUUCGUCCAGGGCCUCAUGGUUGGACGGGAAGUGGCUAACAGGGUUUCUAAGGUCACCAUGAGCUCUGCGUGCAUCAGCGGCUUCACUAAAAUGCUCUACUGCUCGUACUGUCAGGGUUUGUUCACGCUGAAGCCCUGCAACAACUACUGUCUGAAUGUGAUGAAGGGCUGCCUGGCCAAUCAGGCCGAUCUGGACCCGGAGUGGAGCAAAUACAUCGAUGCCAUGCUGCUCGUGAUGGAGCGCCUGGAGGGGCCCUUCAACAUCGAGUCCGUCAUGGAGCCCAUCGAUGUGAAGAUAUCCGAAGCCAUCAUGAACAUGCAGGAGAACAGCAUGCAGCUCUCCUAUCAAGUUUUCCAAGGUUGUGGACAGCCGAAGCCUUCAGGAAUGAGCAGGUCGGCCCGCGGCGUCUCCGACACAUUCAGCGGCCGCUUCAGUCCCUACAACCCCGAGGAGCUUCCGACCGCCGCGGACGCCACUCGCCUCGACCGCCUGAGGAUUGUGUGGAAAGUCAUGCAACACAGUGUGACUGACGUCAAGGAGAAGCUGAAGAAGUUCAGGAAGUUCUGGUCUUCACUUCCUGAGGCCUUCUGUCAGGAGGAGCAUGUGGCGGCUGCAGAGAGCGCUGUGGACGACUGCUGGAACGGACACGACAAGGGCAGAUACGUCCCUGAGGUGCUGAAAGACGGACUGACCAAUCAAGCGAAGAACCCGGAGGUGGGCGUGGACAUUUCCAGACCGGACACUCUGAUUCGACAGCAGAUAAUGGCUCUCAAGGUGAUGACCAACAAACUCAAGAACGCUUUUGAUGGCAAUGACAUCUACUUUCAGGACUCAAAUGACGAGAGCAGUGCUUCUGGCAGCGGCAGCGGCUGCACUGAGACGUGUGUCACUGAAUCAGACUCCUUCAUCACUGAUGCUCCCGUUCAGGAAGCAGAGAAAACAGAUGAAACAUCUUCUGCUUCCAUCAUCCAGCCCAACCUGCUGCUGCUGCUGCUGGUCUUCGCCGCGCUGGCCUUGAAAGACCACUGGAGAUAGUGACCGCUGAGCUCCGCACAGACUGCUUGUGUUUUAUAUCAGACUGGACCACUGAUCUCAGCCGUCUGAAGACUUUGAGGCCAUUCUUCCUGAUUCAAAGACCACCGAGCGGAAGGUUUUGCAUGAUGGAAGUUCUUCAAAAGGGUCGUAAGCAUUACACAUCUG